CUUAUGCUGCACAAGUUAUAUGGUCUUCGAAUACCCAUUGUUUUUUCUACAGCCAUGUUGGCUUUGAUUUCGAUCGCUUUGUUGUUUACGCUACCGCCUACAUUGGGCACUCUAGCACCUGCUCUCGUUGAUUCAGACAAUACUGUGUGUAGAGUUCUUUCUGAUGGGAGCAGCGAAUGCUAUCCGAUGAUAUUCCAAGCAACUCAUGAGUUUCAACCUAUUCGUCCUGAACAGCAACUUCCCAAAGGUCUGCAUAUUCGUAUAAAUGUUGCGACUGGGCUCAAGGAGGCCAAGCUUGUUUCCAGUACUGAGACGGAAGGAGAGCCAGAAUCGAUGGUAGUGGCACUUUCUGGAUCUGAUCAAGUGGCAGCUAGUAACCAAGAUAAGACCAUUCAGUUGCAGUCUAAACCAGACGAGUUUACAAUCGACCACGGUAGAAAUGAUGCGCCUAUUGCUGCCGAGUCAGUACAGAAAGAGGCAGUCAAGAAGACUGGGGUGACAGGUGACAUAAAUAAACCUGUUUUGAUUCACCGUCCAGAUGGGGAGACACAUGCAUCUACUCAUGGAGUAGGUCUUGGUACCCACCAACUCAGUGCAUUUGAUCUCACACUUAAAGAGCUUCAAUCCCAUCCCAAUCACACUACUUUGAUGCGUAUUUUGGAUCAUUUGGACAAUGUUGUCUCUCAGAUUGAUUAUGGCAUUGAUUUUGCAAAAAGCGAAUAUGGGAUUCCUGCGCUUCUGGAUUUGAUGCGUGGUGACGAUCUCGAGGUUCGUGAGCAUGCCGUAUUGAUUAUCAGUAGUGCCAUGUCUAACAAUCCACAAGCUCAGGAAGCUGCAUCUCGAUUUGGUUUAAUUUACGAACUUUGGAAACUAUUUGAACUGCAAACAGACCUUGUUCAUCAAAAACGAUUUUUUUCAGCUUUCGGAGUCACAAUUCGAUCCAAUGUCAAGGCUAUUUUAUCCUUUUCAGAUGACAAUGGAUUUAAAGGACUGAGUAAAAUGGUUGCGUAUUUUAAACGGAAUCGUUUACCUGAGCUUAUCAAAAUUCGUAUCCUGUCGCUGUUUGGUGACAUGAUUGAUCCAGACAUGUUCACAACUGAUUCUAAAAGUGAUGCUCCCGUGUCGAGUAUUCAUACUGCAAGUGCGGAUACGAUCAAGGAGUGGUGUAAAAUUUGCUCUGUUAAUUGGAGUGGUACUUAUACCACACCUUACAAAGAAGCCAGAGAUCGAGGCAUGCAGCUUCUUCAGAAGCAGGGUCUAUGUCCAUCAUAAUAAUAUCACAAUAAAAAUGGGUUUUCAAGUU